GCUGCGCUACUGCUAGUCGAACAAAGAUAAAAGCAAAGCGCGACAGCACGUGACCCGGUGGUAGGAGAAACCGAGACGAGAAUCUGAGGGAAGAGAGAAAGAGAGAAAUUCGAAUGAAUUGCAGCCUUCAGUGCAGCUCGGAGCCGCGUCAACGUGCGACUACGCUCUUCACGCAGCUACCAGCGUUCGAUGUGCUUGCAGCGGCCCGAUUCCGCGCGCGCGACGUACCUUACGGCCUCGUGUCGUCGGUAGCGCGGACAUUUUCUACGCUCCGGCGAGAAUGCGAAUGGUGUGCUCGGUGCGACAAGUUCCUAGCACUCGCCGCCUUGUACCGGGCCCGAUACAAAUCCAAUCGAUCGGAGGGAGGGAGGGAUCCCUCUGAAGACGCGAUACGUCGGUGCUCCGUACCCGCGGUGGAAAAUUGGGAUUUCCACCGCGCCCGUGUAUCAACACCCCCUUUUUCCCUUCCCCGUGUUGUUUCGCCGUCCCCUCCCGACGCAGCGUCGCGAGGCGAUCUCUCGAUAGCUGAUAGAUCGGACUCACGGAGUUCUUUCUUCGGCGAGAGCGAGGCGUGGAGCAGGUGCGAGACGAAACGAGUCGUGUCGUGAUAUAUCAUCGCCAGGCACAAUGGCUUGCGAAUUCUUUAAGCUUGAACGAUGGCCGAUUCACGCGGCUUCAAGCCAAUAAACCAGUUGUGGCAGAGCGCGACAGCGACGGAUCAGGAUUCGGAGUGUCUCUACGAGGAGAUCCCGGGCCGGUCCCAGGAUACGGACCGGCCGGCUGGUGCCGCCGUUGGGCAGCAGGGGGAGGAGGAAGAGCAGCAGGAGGAGGAGAACGUCGGCGGUAGCAGGAGGAGCCUCGACUUCGGGGUUCAGGUUGGAGAUAGCAGCGACUUCUGGGGUGAAUCGGGCCGGGAGGAGAUCGUCGCCAGGGGUGGCACCAUCCCCCGUAGCAGGACCGACGGCGGCGCGAGAUCGCGCAGCGGUUCGGUCGAUCGGCGGUUGUCGGAUCGUGCGCGCCAGCGGGACAUCUUCGUCAGGGUGGAGGAGGAGCGCUAUGCCGCGCGCAGGACCCACGUGGAGUCCGGUACAGGCGCCAUACUGCCGCCUCCUGCGGCUACCGGCCACAAGCUGACCAGGGGGCGAGCGAGCGCUAGCAACACCGUCGCCCGGUACUUGCAUUCGGCCAGCACCAACGCCUCGGCGGCGCACUACCAUCACCACCAUCACGGACUGCACGGCCAGUAUCCGCCCGGCGGCAGGACGACCGGCAGGCAACAUCGCCAUCAUCACCAUAGUCGCGGCUCGUACAGUAAUGAGACGCAGGAAGAGGUACAGGAGGACGAUGAAGCCACUCUACGGGAGUUGCUCGUAAGUCUGCAGAAACAGGUCAGCGUUAUGAGUAUGAACCUGAGUGCCAAGCUGGACGAGCUGCAGCGGGGUGACCGCCAGCUGGAGACCACCGUCGCUCUCUGUGAGAUCCGCACGCAGCUGCAGGAGCUCACGAAGAGCGUAGAGUCGUGUCAGAGCGAGGUCAGCGAGGUGAAACGGGACAUGGUCACGAUUAAGCAAGAACUAGAUACGGUACAGCAGGUCAAGGAAGAGAUAGAGGAAUUACGAGAGUACGUGAAUCGACUGGAAGAACACUCCCAUCGGCGGAAACUUAGGCUCUUGGAGCAGGGACUGACGCUUUUCCUGUCGUACGCGAUACUAGCAGCCGUAUUGGGAAUGUUGCAGUUUGGAUACAACACUGGAGUGAUUAACGCGCCUGAAGUGAAUAUAGAGAAUUUUAUGAAAGAUGUGUACAAGGAUAGAUAUGGGGAGGACAUUUCGGACGAUUCUGUUAAGACGUUGUACUCCGUGGCCGUAAGCAUAUUCGCGAUCGGUGGUAUGGUGGGUGGUUUCAGCGGAGGGACAAUUGCCAACAGAUUUGGCAGAAAGGGAGGCUUACUGCUAAACAACGUGCUGGGCAUCGUGGGGGCGUGCCUGAUGGGUUUCACGAAGCUCGCCGAGUCGUACGAGAUGUUGUUCUUUGGACGGUUCAUCAUCGGUGUCAAUUGUGGCUUGAACACCUCGUUGGUUCCCAUGUACAUAUCGGAAAUAGCGCCAUUGAACCUGAGAGGCGGCCUGGGCACGGUGAACCAGCUCGCUGUUACGGUGGGCCUCCUGGUCUCCCAGGUGCUGGGCAUCGAGCAAAUCCUUGGAACAAACGAGGGUUGGCCCGUUCUCUUAGGACUAGCUAUCUGUCCUGCCAUUCUACAGCUACUGCUGCUUCCAGUUUGCCCGGAAUCUCCAAGAUAUUUGCUCAUUACUAAACAGUGGGAGGAGGAGGCUCGGAAAGCUUUGAGAAGGUUGAGAGCCAGUAACCAAGUAGAAGAAGACAUUGAGGAGAUGAGAGCGGAGGAACGAGCUCAACAAGCUGAGUCCACGAUAUCGAUGACAGAGCUUAUAUGCAGUCCAACUUUAAGAGCACCUCUCGUUAUUGGUGUGGUUAUGCAACUUUCGCAGCAGCUUUCGGGUAUCAAUGCCGUAUUUUAUUAUUCCACGAAUCUGUUCACUAGUUCUGGUUUAACGGAUGAGAGUGCCAAGUUUGCAACCAUUGGCAUAGGUGCCAUCAUGGUUUGUAUGACGCUAGUGUCCAUCCCACUCAUGGAUAGGACAGGAAGGCGUACGUUGCACUUGUACGGUCUCGGUGGCAUGUUUAUCUUUUCAAUAUUCAUCACAAUUUCGUUUCUCAUAAAGGAGUUCUUCGGCUAUGUGCAGGAAAUGAUCGACUGGAUGUCCUACAUCUCGGUGGUGUCGACCCUGUGCUUCGUCGUGUUCUUCGCCGUGGGGCCCGGAUCCAUACCCUGGAUGAUCACGGCGGAACUGUUCUCGCAAGGCCCUAGACCCGCCGCCAUGUCCAUCGCGGUUCUCGUCAAUUGGAUGGCUAAUUUUUUGGUUGGCAUCGGUUUUCCAAGCAUGAAGAGUAGCCUUGAAAACUACACGUUCCUACCGUUCAGUGCAUUUCUAGCCAUCUUCUGGAUCUUCACCUACAAGAAGGUUCCUGAGACCAAGAAUAAAACAUUCGAAGAGAUUCUAGCUUUAUUCAGGCAUGGUAACGACAGGGAGAGGAAUUAAGUUCUACUUGUACGGGAACAUUAUUUGUACAUAUUUAAGUACAGGCUAAAGUAGUUUGUAAAUUUCGCCUUCAACAUUCGUCACGUGCUUGGUUUCUCUUUAUUGCAAAUCCCGAUAUUUCCAAGUCCUUUCGUUUAAGUCGUUGCAAGGAAAGUAUGUACAUUUUUACAUAUAUUUACGAAUAAGACGCAACACUAAUCGAUAGUAAGUAGAAGAGAUAACGUGCACGACAUUGCGAGUCAUGUAACGAGAUUAUUGUACGAGAAAAGCGUAAAAAAAAGUGGAGCAGUAUCCGUAGGUUAUUAGUUUUUGAAAAGUGUAAAACACCACAGAACGUAAUUCUAUCUCAUUUGCGGAAUAUUGCGAACCAAGUACAAAUCAGCCUAUCUCGCUGUUGAUCCUCUUAGCAGUUCAGACGAUAUUCUGUUAGAUUUCCGGGAGAGGAUCGCGAGAAAAACGCGCGUCCGUUCUGUUCGGCAUUAGAAAGACCAUCGGACAUGUGAAACGCCGAUUUAUUUGAGUUCUCAAACGGCAUUGCGAUCCCUCUCAGAUUAUGUGUAAGAGACAAGCUAUCCGUUCGAGUCGCGAGUUGGACAUUUCGCUGUCUUAUUGUUAUAUUUUCAAGGCCAAAUGGAUAUAUUCUGUUUGUUUAACGUUUACUCUGUACAUGUAUCAUUUUAAUAAAUCAAUUAUUUCAUGGUUCUCUGGAUAA